AUGUUCAAGCCCAUUGCACGCAGUGCUAUCAGGGCGUCGAACUUCCGCUCUGUAGCGGCAGCUCGAGCCACAACCUUCGUUCGACCUCUUUCAUACACAGCCGCCCUCAAUAAAAAGGACGAUCCCAUCAACGAUCCUAUCCUAGCUGCCACGAAUAAAGCUCCCGAGGGAGCUUCCGGUGAGCAUGAAGGCCAAUUCGCCCGCACCGAUCAGAGUGUGCACAUUGAAUACCCCCCGGACGAAGAGAUGCCCGCGCAGCCUGUUGCCCAGGGUCGAGGCGGCAUGCAUUUCAAGCGAACUCUCGCUCAAUUCUCCCUUGAAAAGAAAGUCAGCAUCGUGACCGGUGGAGCCCGUGGACUAGGUCUAGUCAUGGGACAAGGACUUGUUGCAUCGGGCUCUGAUCUAGCAAUCAUUGAUCUAAACAAAGAGGAAGCCGACACCGCAGCCGCCUCGCUAAUCGAGCAAUUCCGAAAAGAAAAUCCCGGGCUUGAGGAUAUGCCAAACGUAACAGCGCACUAUGCGGACGUCGCAAACCCAGAAUCCGUCAACAACGCUCUCUCCGAAGUCCUCUCCAAACACGGCCAGAUCGACAACCUAGUCACCUCCGCCGGGUUCACGGAGAACUUCGACGCGAUCAACUACCCGUUCGACCGUAUGCAGAAGCUCUGGGGCGUCAACGUCGAUGGCACAUACCUCUUCGCGACAGGCGUCGCAAAACACCUCAUGGAACGCAAAGCGGCCGGCAGCAUUGUUAUGAUUGGUUCCAUGUCUGGUGCCAUCGUCAAUGUGCCUCAGCCUCAAGCUCCAUAUAACGCGGCGAAGGCCGCAGUGCGUCAUCUUGCUGCCUCGCUAGCCGUCGAAUGGGCAGGUCGCGAUAUCCGUGUCAAUUGCAUCAGUCCUGGAUAUAUGUUAACUGCGCUCACUCGCAAAAUUCUGGAUGAGAAUCCACAACUGCGGGAUCAUUGGACUUCCCUUAUCCCGGCUGGCAAAAUGGGUACGCCGGAGGAUCUGAUGGGUGCCGUGACUUUCUUACUCAGUGAUGCCUCCAAGUACAUUACCGGUGCGGACCUCCGUGUCGAUGAAAAUACAAUUAUUAUGCGGGGAUACACGACUCUCUACUCCAGAACCCCUCGAUCUUUCCUCUUCGCCGUCGUCGCCAAUGUCGGCCCCGGCGGCGCCAGCCGCUGUCUGGCCGUGGCCUAUCGCCAACACCACGACGAAUACAACUCACAGAUAUCCUGGGGACGAGUGCACUGUAUGGUGACCGACAUCCUUGCGCUGACCGAAAUCCUCUCGGAUCCCGCGAAUCGCGCGCCGCUGGAAGCCGAGAGAGCGCUCGCGGAGGACUGGUAUCGUCGGUCUCAGUGCCACGAGCCUCCGAUUCAUGAGCGGCCCAGCGUACCCGACACCGCGCAGCCCCCGUUUGUGCCCUGGUACAAGCGGCGUGAGCCAGGGCAACAACAACCCCCGCUGCCGUGGCGGGAUGAUGCGCCCAGCAAGUUUCCCUUCACUGCGACGUGUGUUUUGCUGGCGUUGUUGCGCGAUACUCGCGACAACCGCACCCGCCCCAGCGACAUUCAGUUUCAACCACUAUCGACGCUGUUCCGGGCCGACUGCACUGAGUAUGGCCUGAUUAUUCUCGACAUCUCUGACCUCGACAGCGGCGUCAAGUACGGCAUCGUUGCGUUCCCCAUGAACUACAUGGCCGAGGUUGAAUACGGCGGCGAGAUGAUCGGCUGGGAUCCCGUCGAAGACCCCCAACCGGAAAAGGAGCCCGAUAUUGUACUCGUAAACCCGCGGCCUCGAGAGCUGUUGUCAAUCUCGCAGUGGGUAUCGAAGUAUUACUACUGGUCGGGCCUGGAAGAGGCGUCUUGCAUCCUCAAAUUAAAGCAGAAGCCGCUGGCUGAUGCGGCAGCCUUGGAUUACUUCAAACAUUCAAUGAUCGCCACCCAAUCCCCGCCUGAUAUGGAAGGUUACACCCUAGUACAUCAACCGCCGCAAAAUGACCCCGUAGGCAUAGUCCGCACCAUUGAUGAUCUGCUUGUUCUCACCCAGGAGCCCGCCACUGGUCCCUUCGAGAAGGAAGCGCUCGCCAAGCUUCAAGUACUUGCUCAGUUCAGCGAGAAGCUGCGGCAGCGGCUCGAAAAGGUGCCAGAGAGGCUCGGCUCCUCCCAGAUCUCCAGUCAUGUGCUGCGCGUGGUAUACGCUGGAUGCCGUCACCUCAACUGGGUGGUGUUUGGAAACCUGCCGCCUCGUGUGAUCGCGGCCGCCAUUGCAUCGGAUGAACUUCAAGGUGCGUCUGCGCUCAGCCUUUGCCUCAAUCCGUUCCAGCUGGUGGGAGAUGAGGAAGAUGGAGAAUCAGACCUUGGUGACCUCGCCGCGGCCCUGGCACAGUCCACGGCCCUUCAACAGCUCUGCUUCUUGCAGCAGCCGGACCGGAAUAGCGACGAUGGCUCCGCUCAUCCCUUUUCGGAGCUGUCUUGGCUAUGGUCGAGGGCAUCAAGUGAAGACUCGGAGUCGCUCCGGCUGAGAACCAUCCAUUCGACCUCCGCUUUGUUAAACGGUUUACGCGGCCGCGAAGUUUGA